ACGGACCCUUUUUGGUGAUGGACCAAGGAUGCUGGAACCACUGGAACAUACUCGGCUCCGACAAGCUCUGUUACACCCCCGGUAAAUACAGACCCGAUGCUGUAGCCUAUGUCCCUGCAUUUUGUCAUGACAGUCUGGCAGUGAUGGAAGGUGUGGAAGUUGAGGAUGUCAGCCCUGCCUUGGAGGCCACAGAGGACUUUCUGGAAUGUAACCAGGGUGAUGUCCCACUACAGCCACAUAGAUUAGAGGAUGUGUCCGUACUGUGCAAACUAAGUGGGAUGUGGAACCUUCUGGCUGGACAGCAUCAAGAAGACUCAAAAAGUUGGGCCUGGACUGAGCAGACAACCACCCACAGUAUCUUGGGCUAUAGGCAUGGAAAGAGGUAUCGGGCCCACUCGACCAAUGACCUUGCUGUCCAUACCAGUACACGCAAUAAUGGCAGUUUUAAGCGUGGCCACAACCGAUCACACUCAGACAUGAACUACAGCACCUGCACAGAUAAUGGCUUGCAAGUAGACAGAAAUAUGUUGAAAAACAUAGCCUUCAGGACCAGAGGAGAAGCAAAGCCAGAACGGGAUUCCAGUUUGGUUAAACAGGGAGCGCUGGAACAGAGAGAGGGCUCUAGGGGCCGCUGGACUUCAUGUCAUGUGGAACUUACCAACUGUGAACUUCGCUUGUACAGCCUGGACAGUAGUGGUAACAGGCAGCUCUGUACUGCACUAUCACUCUCUCACUGCCAGGCAGUUGGUCCGUUGCAAGGCCAAGAUGGACAUGUGCUGGAGGCGCUCUUUUUUAACAGUACCCACCUGCAACUUCGAGCCUCAUGUCAGUGGGAGGCACAAGAGUGGAGCAGGUUGUUAUGGGCUUGUGUAAUUGCCACCCGACCACAUAAAGACCCAGCAUAUUCCAGUAGAACUGCCUUUGAAGCAUCUGCUUCAACCACAUUGCAGGCACAACUUCCUCCAACCAAGCGACCCACCACCUUACCUCUAUUCACAGAACAGUGCAUCAGUGUCCUCAAGGUGGGCCAGUUAAAACAACUCAGUGACCUCAACAACUGGAGGGCCUUUAACUUUGUGCUCACACAUACCCAUCUGCAAGCCUUCCCAACCGAGGAUAACAGUUGUCUGUCUGAACCACUGCUCCAAUAUCACCUUGCGUCCUGCCUUGCUGUGCAGCAUGAUGCAUCUGAGGAAAGUGGCUGUUUACGUUUCCAAGCAGUCUUUGCAAAUGAGGUACUCUGUCUGCAGGCAGCGAAUGAACCUAAGGCACAGAGCUGGGUGGAGGCCUUGCGUUCUGCAGUAGCUGCACAGAGAGGACGGGGCUCUUUGGGAGAGGAUAGCAAGCCUGGACUUUCAACUCUGACAAAGACUCAAGAGCGGCUCCGUGGACAUGUUCAGAAAGACCAUCACCGUUCAGUCACCACCAGCUUCCUCAGCAUCCUUACAUGCUUAGCUGUGGAGAAGGGACUGACUGCCCAGAACUUCAGGUGUGCAGGUUGCCAAAGACCAGUGGGGUUAUCACAAGACAAAGCAAAGGUUUGCUACUAUAGUGGAAGGUAUUACUGCCAAAACUGUCAUCAGGACAACUUGUUCAUUAUACCGGCACGAUUGCUUCACAACUGGGACACCAACAGAUACAAGGUGUCCAAGCAGGCUAAGGAGUUUCUGGAAUUUGUAUAUGAGGAGCCCCUACUAGAUAUUCAGCAACUGAACCCCUGUCUCUACCAGCACUGUGAGCUAUUGGCCACUGUGCUGACACUCCGGCAAAGAUUGCAGUCACUGCGUGCUUACCUAUUCAGUUGCCGUGCCGCCAUUGCUGAGGACCUCCGCCGCAGAAUCUUCCCAAGGGAGUACCUCCUUCAGCACAUCCACUUGUACUCAGUGGCAGACCUCCAGCAGGUAAUUGAUGGAAAGCUAGCCCCAUUCCUGUCAAAAGUUAUCAAGUUUGCAUCUUCUCAUGUCUACAGCUGCAGUCUAUGCAGUGAAAAGGGCUUCAUCUGUGAGCUUUGCCAAAAUAGCCAGGUCAUCUACCCCUUCCAAGAAAGUGCCUCCAAGAGAUGUGAGGGCUGUGGUGCUGUCUUCCAUGCUGAGUGCUGUCUACGAGGGCAGUCAUGUCCACGCUGUGUGAAACGGGAACUACAUAAGAAGCCAGCGUCUUUCUGGAGGCGACUGGAUACUGAUGACAGUCCUAACAACAGUGUCCUUGGCUACUUUGAGUCGGGCAGCUGAGGUCCAAAAGUCAUCAGACGCCAAGAAGCAGGACUCACUAAAAUCAGAGCCACUGAGGAAGCAAAUAACAGAGAAAUUUGUUUUUGAUUAAGAGUGGUUGACAGUGGUCGACAACCACAGCAAUCUCUAAAGCAAGGGAGUAGCAUAUGGCUAUGCUAUACAAUAAACAACUGAUUCUUAUACUUAUUCUCACAAAGUUGCAAUACAUAUCAUUAUGGACUCAUUCCUACACUUAAUUAAAGGGAAAAACCUAUACAAAACAAUUAUUAAUAUUAUGUUUGGACUUAUCAUUAUGGCAGACUGCACAGAUGGGGUUUCAUAACCCACUGACGUUUAAAUUAAACCUUAAUCACACCUCCACAACAAUGAA